AUGCCUAGGAUACUUAACUAUAGGAAACAAAUGUUCAGCAAAAAGCGACAGCAGAAGCUCCCGAUUUUGCGUAGCGCGCGAGGCGAUUUUGUUCUGGGGGUUGCGGCGGGCGCGGGCAGACACGCAUCCAGACAUCUCCACGUAGAUCCGCAGCACUUUCGCGAUUUUGGAAAUAAAAACGGCAAGAACGUCUGCGUUAGCUCUCCGAAAACUCUGCGACAUCCAGUUGGGGCUUGUCCUCAUGGGAAGAGGCAGAGCGUUUUCCUCUCUCUUCCUUUUCCAGGGUACAAAGGUCCUUGCAGCCUGAAAGGCAAAUCCUAUGAGAUCCCGGACUGCCUCGCUGCUGAAGAGCCCCGUCAAAAAACGGGAAGCGCUGGUGUAACACAACCAGGAGGGAAAAGCAGCCGGGAGAAACCAAGCAGACAAAAGGAUCGCGGUGCAAACUCCUCUUUCCGUCUUGUCGGCUUUUCUGCGUGGAAGGUCGUCCCAUCUACCACGACCUUGAAACCAUGGAAACACCACAGAAGCUGGAUCCGUCGUGGCUUUCCAGGUGAAGCGUGCGAGAACGACCGGCAACUGCACCACACCCGGGCGGCUGUUGACCUCCGCAAGAAGUGGGUCAGGUUUUCGCCAGGACUUUUUUCUGACGCAUUUGGCAGAAAUAAAUUUUCGCCGUGGACGGGUUUUCGGAACCGGACUGGAAGUCGCCGUUAG